GCCAUGACCACCCAUCCCUUCGAGUUCGUCGACUCCGACCUUGUAUUACGCGCGACUGCACCGUGCGUCGUUGAUUUCCACGUGCACCGGUGCAUCCUCUCUGUUGCGUCACCUUUCUUUGCGCACAUGUUCACAUUGCCGCAAGCACCAUCAUCCCAGCCCUCCACGCCCCUCAUUGAAGUAUCUGAGGAUCGCACGACGCUCGAAAUGCUCCUACGUAUUAUUUAUCCCGUGUCGAAACCCAAAAUCGAGACUUUAGACGAACUAACACCGGUCCUCGAUGCGGCUUUCAAGUACGAGAUGUCAGCCGCAAUCGACUUCCUUCGCAGUCAACUGGUUGCACCACGAUUCGUAGAGUCAGCACCCGUUCGCGUCUACGCAAUCGCGUCCCGAUUCGACCUCGAGGAGGAGGCCAAAGUUGCGUCGCGGCAUACCCUCUCUGUCCAGGUCCUCGACUGCCCGCUUCACGAGGACCUGAAGCAUAUCACGGCUUUCUCCUACCAUCAGCUACUCAACCUCCACCAUCGACGCGCGCAAGCAGCGCAGGAGCUAAUGAAGAUCUCUGACAACGUCAAAUGCAUGAGGUGCAAUGCGCCGCCUUACGGCACGUACACUGCGCCGAAAUGGUGGGAGGACUUCGAAGCGCGGGCGACAAAGGAGUUGGCUACGCGGCCGACGACAGACGUCAUAUUCUCAAUGGCAUUUCUAGCGCAGUCGGCGCAGGCAGGAUGCGAGCGAUGUGCAGGGAGCAUCCUCGACGCGUACUGGUUCCUGCAGGAUUUGAAGAAGAAAAUUGACGAUCUCCCCUCCACGAUAUAAUAGGAACUCGUAUCCGGCCACUCGUCAUAUACCGACUAUCAGUGUAUUUUCCUCUUAUCUUCCUUUGCUUCUUUGGACGACACGGAUACACAGCCUUAAUUAAUUACUAUU